GGAAGCUGUAUCGAUGGCUCAGAUGGGCUAUUGCCGAGGGCAUAAUCGAUCCAGCCGAGUACUUCGUGCCCAUUCGUUCCCUGAAAGUGGUUAGCCCCCUAAAGAAAUGCAAGGAGAGCGUCAUCAACAAAUUCAACAACGCAAACACAGAACAGAAUUCAAGAAACACGCUUAAUAGAAAAUCAACUGUUAACACGAUAAAUGAACCCUCACAAGAUUCUGUAGAAACCGAAGAAAUUAGUUUCUGGGCCGACUUCAACAAAAUGGAACCUCACGUUAGAGACAUUCACUUUUUCUACAAGUUGGAUUACUUUCAAUACACCAUGAAACUUUCUGAUCGCUUUACGAAUAAGCAAUCGAGCGAUCAGAAAUCGGAGGACAGGAGAGCAGAAACGAAGAAGAGUAGCAGGAAGAGUUCUCCUUCAAGAGCUACCGUCAAGGAUCCUGAAUUCGAGAACACGUACUCCUGGCCUCAGAAAAUGUUGAAAACCAGAAACGAUCCUCUGUACGUGUUAACAGAUUCUCUCGAAGAGAAGUUCUUCCUCAUCAACUUCUCCACGUUUCAAGUUCUGAUAAACUCUUUGGAGGAGAAUGAUAAUCAGAAUUCUACGAAUAUGCAAACGGGGGGUAUGGAUUAUUUGAUCGUAGAGAAACAUAACUGGUUUCGCAGACCGAAGAAAUCAAAUUGUCUGGUGUCCAUGUUGACCGCUGGAACCAGGUCAGUGGUGAUGGAACUGAAACCCGGAAGACACCUGUUGCGAAUGUACUGUCGCUCGGAAUCCAAUUGUUUCGUAACAGUCUCUUCAGACACCCUGUUUCACGUCGGAGACAGAAGGAAGAUGUACCAACUGAUGUCCACCGAGUCUCAGAGGAUCGAUCAUUUGACGAAACACAUCAGCAACUGUAUCAGCAACGCUUAUCAAUCGUUCGGCACGGAAAAAUAUCCGGAAGCCUUGAAGGCUUACUAUGACAGCUACUUGCCACCUGACCGCAGUUCUGAAGAGAGAAGCAAAGUGUUCUACGAUCACAUGCACGACUAUUUCAUGGACGAGAAGGUGCAAUUAAUAAGAAAGAGCCUACGCGAAGAAGAGAUUCCAGAUGUGCUCCGCUCCCUGAGGAUAUUCUUCCUGAACCCUGUCAUAGGUUUGGAACGUUUCAACUUGAUUUCAAGGUUACUGGACAGUUUUCAAGACCUAAACGAGUCGAAAGACCCGGUUGAGAAUGACAAAAACAAAGAGAAAUUCGAACAGGAGCAAGCUGCGACCACUAUUCAAUCGUUCUUCAAGAUGCUGAUCAUUAGGAAAUACAAACAAAUUCACAAUCCCCAGAACCAACAUCAUCAGAAGGUCUUGGAGAACCUGUUCAAAGUCGUGGAGUUGUUCAAUUACAAUAAACGAGAAUCCCUAGCCAAUCAAUUGCUGAGGAACAUAUUAAAGCAUCACGAUAAACUGGCCGACGUUUAUCCCUUCUCCGAGGACUGCGAGCACACGCUGCAGGUGCAGGAGGUCAGAGGGACCCUGAUGAACGUGAAACCAAACCACUGGUUACCCAUCAUGAGGCUCGUGGUGAAUUGCCGAGCCACGGAAACCGUUCUAGCAGCGAUCGACACGUUCGUCGAUGUACCCAGGUACUGUGUGCGGGUGUUCAACAACGACACGGGUCGAGAAAUGCUGCGAGUGGUGAAUAACGUGGUGUCCACGAGCUACCAGUACUCCAGGCUGGGUUACACGAUACUUUGUUACGGCUGGAGCAAGGAAUCGGCAGUCAGAGAAUUACCUUGGACCUUGAACGUCGUCACCGUGAAACAACAACCUGUUUUCUACUCUAUAGACACGGGGAACCCGUUGUCGUUGGCCACUGUGCCACCUGCCCUGAUGGUCGAAGAGUUUUCCAGCACUUACAUACCUAACUCGCAAAACGACAUCUCGAAGUUGAUCGUUCGAGUAGCAAAACCCGGUAUCGUGUCGUUUAGACUGAAAACGUCCUACGAACACGUGAGAAUGAAAUUCUCCGUGACAGACGAUCAGAAGAACGUGGUGGCCAAGGUGACGAGUACCUCCGUGGUGAUACUGCCUAUGGUGUACCUGGGACUCGAAGAAGAAUUCAGUCAGAGGAGUAAUGAGAAUAAAAAGUUUGCAAAUGAACACGAUAAGGAAUCGAUGGAAAGCGAAAGUAGAGAAUCGAUGGAUUAUAGAACUUAUCAUGCGCAGGCUACUGUGCUCGAUGACAGCUGGCCUCUGACGAAGACGGAGUGGAUCGUCGUAAUGGAGAUUAGAGAAGGCACGAUUAUGUCUGAUAUUAGAUCGAAAUUAUCGUCCGUGUCGCACGUGUUCAAGACGAAGUCUGAAGCCCCGAAAGGGAAGAGAGGAUCCAAGUCAGUGGUCGAGGAUCAAGCUCCUGAGCCACCAUUUUGGGUGCUACAAGUGGUCACCGACGUCGAUGGCGGUCUGGAGAUAUCGCAAGACAGAACGAAAGAGGAAGAAAUAGCGCAAAUGAAGGAAGCCUGGGCCAAAGAGAACCCCGACAGCCUAGCCCGAGGCAAGAAGCUCAGAGAAGCCUUCCUGAAGAAGUACCAAAUACUGUCAUCCGCACACUCGCAAACAACUUUGAGAAGAAAAUCUUCGAUCAUGUCUGAGAAAUCCAUAACCAAAUCUCAUCGAUCGUCCUUCGUGGAGGCUUCAGAAAUUUCGAUGCUCGAUACAGAGCCAAGAUCCUUGACACCUCCUUCGUUUCUUCAAAGACUUCCUGCGCUAGAUUUGACCAUCUACGAGGUGCGAGAAGACGAGGAGGACACGUUAUGGAUCAAGACCGAACAGGACGAAGAAACGCUGAGAAACAGUCGGGCGCUGAAUAUCUUUUAUGCUAGUGAAGACCACAUGCACUUUAUGGAAGAUAUGCAGACGUUGUUGAGGGCGCAAAAAGACAGGUACAGAACCUUCUUCAGCAGAUACAAGGACCAGUUUUGGAGGAACAGAAUAGAGUCGGAGGAGGCGCACGAAGCCAGAGACGCUUAUGUUAGGAGUAAGAAGGCUGCGAGUGCUCCGGUUAGCAAAAAGGCUAGCAGUCGAAAGAGCAAGAAGUCUAAGAAGAAUUAGGUUAUCUUUGUAACUUAGGUAUAAGUUAACUUUUAAUGAACAUAGGUUCUAACUGUACAAUGUUUCCUUGUUACUAAUUAAAAAGCUUGACCAAAGAAUUCAUCUACUCGGAGAACAGACACCCUUAAGUUACAAAUCGCGUUCUCGAAGCUAGCUAUUUCACCUCAAUGUUUUCGCGUCUAAAAAAUACGCUGAAAUAUUCG